AUGGCACCUCUCUUUCCUGGCUUCGUCGCGCUUUCAGCUUCGUUAAGCGCUUUGGUUCCCAGCCUCGAACAAGGCUUCAACACCUCCAGCAUUGCCAAAGUCCGUACCAACUUGCUGGAUAUCGCUUCUGCAAGCUGGGAGUUAGGAACCGCCGCUCAAGCAUUAACGGAGUUGUCCUGGCCCGCGCUCUCAGUUUUCAAUGCGAGCGCGUUCCCGCCCUCGUCACGACUCUCGGGUUCUGCUAUUCCUGCAGACGUGUUGGACAUUGCGAACAAGACCGUCUCCGCAAAAUCAGCCGAUUCGCUGCCCUUGAUCCCUAAUCAAGGCUCUGCAGCAGAUCCCGCAAGCAUUGGCGUCGCUGUUUUACUGGCCAACUGGACACGGGCCGACACAAGGAAUAGCGCUUACGCCGACGCUGCAUCCGACCAACUUGAAUAUUUGCUUGAUCAUGCACCGAGGUCUCCGACGGGCGCUAUCUCUCAUCGCGCCAAUGAAGUUCAGCUCUGGGCCGACUUUAUCUACAUGGUACCUCCUUUCAUUGCAUAUUAUGGUGCCCUCGAGGGCGGCGCUAGUGGUCGGGCUUUGCUGCAAACGGCGUACGAUCAAAUACGCCUCUACCGCGAUGCGUUGAAGGAUGAAUCUGGGCUGUGGAAGCACAUCACAUUGGGGUCUUUCCAGGACAAUACCCAUUGGGCCACAGGCAAUGCCUGGGCUGCUGCUGGAAUGCUCCGCGUUCUUUCAACCUUGAAUCAUUCUUCCGUUGCUCGCCAGUUCGCAAGUCACCAGGCUAACCUCACAGAGUGGAUCGACGAAAUUCUGGACGCAUCAUGGGCCCACCAGACCAGCACCGGAGCACUGCUGAAUGUCAUUGAUAACUCAACAUCCUUCGUUGACACAGCAUCGACUGCCCUUCUCGCAUCUGUCACUUACCGAAUGGCCGUCUUCAAGAACGAAACCAGCCGUAUUCCAGUCGCAGACCGUGCUUUCGGGCUCGUUCGCCGGAGUGUGGAUGCCAACGGCUGGCUCCAAAAUGUGAUCAACCCCAUAACCUUCCACGACCCUCUCCCCGCGGGGGAACACAGUCCUGAAGGACAGGCCUUCGUGUUGUUGCUCCAAGCAUCCUGGCGAGCUUUCUCCGACUAUAUCAAAAGGACACGAACGACUUGA